AUGUCAAAUAUAGACAAUAAUAGCGGACCACCCUCUCAAGGGAAGACGACGACAACGCCUGUCACGAACAGUACGUCUUCUCCAAACCAAAUACCAAACACUAUUAGAAGAAACUUGGUCCCAUCUUCGGCCAAUAGAUUCAGUGUUAUGUCUAACACAUCAGCAAGUGUCCGACAAAAAUCCUUUGAUAGCCCUCUCUUUCUACCUGGUACUUCCACAGGCCAAUUCUCUAAAGAUCCAGCACAAAAUCAUCAUCAACUGGCACCAAUGAUCCUACAAUCAGCUGAUGGUGCCCAAGUGAUCGGUAUUGCAGACCAAGCUUCAGCGACCGGAAACACAUCUUCCCCUAGUUCGCUAUAUACUGCAUUUGAAACCAACUCAAUGAUGAGAAGAAACUCAACAGUGAAGAGAAAUCCAAAAAAUCCGUACAGAAAAUUAAACUCAUACUCUAUUGCUAGACAGAACUCUACAUUGCGCCCUCGUCAAGGUCAUAGCAGCACAGUACGAGAAAUCAGUCAAUCGAAUGAUUCUACUCAUAGAUCCAAUACCCUUUUUCAAAAGCAAAAGAAGCAUAAGUACAUGUUCUUCAAAAGAAAUAGCAAAAGAUAUACCAAGAAGGCUGCUUAUAGUAGCAAAGAUGAGCUAUAUCGGAAAAUGAGUUAUGUUAUGAGAGCUCCAUCAAUAAAGUAUGAUAUUGUUCCUUCUAACAUUUUAUCCUUCGGUUACAAUAUUUCGCAAGAUAGUUUAUAUCAUUAUUAUGGUCUACCUAUCCCCGUGCCACCUCUCUCAAAAGACUACAAAGUGAAAACAAAACGUUUGCAGAGACUGGCAACUACAAGGCAAAAGGCAAAGUUUGUUUUCCCAAAAUUCAACAGAAAAUCAAAGAAGAAGAACUCUGAGUUAUCAAGAGAGCAACGAAAAAAGCUAAUCAAGCAACAAAUCAGAAAAAUGAGUAACGAAAACAUUGUUCUUCCUAAGAAAUUUCAAAAUUUUAUUGAAUUACAAAAUGAUAAUGUGGAGUCGAUGGGAAGUGAUCCACAGCAUCAACAAUCCAAUAGAUCGCAGGAGCAUGUUGAGGAAAUCAUCAAUGAUAAUUCUAGUGCUUAUAGUGUUCAAUUAAUUACAAAUUCAAAAGUACUUAGCUCUCCUUCCUUAAAUCAUGCCAAACCAAAAAAGAUGCGCCCUGUGAAAGGGAUGGGUAACCGGAAAUUAUUCCUCCAAUUGUUGCGCUUGAAUCCUGAAUUGAAAUCGCAAGUCAAAUGUACAGAUUGGAAUGAUAAACAGAAUUUGAUUUUGAGAACCCCAUCUUUGGAGUUCGAGACUUGGAACAAUAAUGGAUUGAGCUAUGGUUUCAAUAAGAGAGGCUCUAACAGGGUUUCUACUCACAACAGUAUGGCAAUAAAAAAUAUCAUUGAUGCUGGUGCUAUUAUGAAGCAAGAUUCAAAUGAUCUUAAUAAUGAUAUUACUUCUGAAGCCUUGAUUAUAAAACCCGGUGAAGAAGGUAACAAUUCAAAUGCUGGCUCUUCUACCCAAAAGGAUUCUCCAAAAGCUUCUGUUAUUGCCGGUGGUGAGAAAUCGUCCACAAGAUUGCCACAAGCAACCUUGAAAGCCCCAGGAAUUAUUAAACAGAAUAUCAUAGCAUAUUCCAAAGGUGCCAACAAAUAUGACUCUCCAAUUACUUAUGAGUUUCCAAGGGGAAACAAAACCAAGCAAUUCAAUAGGAACCCAAAUAUCAGAAUGGGGAUGCUUCUUAGGGAAGAAAUUGAAUCAACUGGUUCCCCCAAUUUUCUGUCGACGGAUUUAGUGAGACGAUCUAUAAUUAGUACAUCCAGUAACGAAGAUGAAGCAUAUUAUACUCCUCCUAUUACUCAAGAAUCUGUUCCAAGAGCCUCUGGUGACAAUCUUGAUAAAUUUGCUUUUGAAGGAUAUAGCUGCUCUUCUAAUAAUCUCACUCCUCCUGUUUCAAGCACCGAAAAAGUGAUGUCUACGCAGAUUCCAAAUAGUUAUGGCUCAGAUUCUUCAGCUGCCGAUGUCCACAAUGCCAAGAUUCGUGAACAAAGAAAAGCCCAAACCAGCAUAAGCACCAUGAGCAAUACAUUGGAUAAUGCUGCCGUGACUGCGGCGCUAGCUUCAAAGAGAUUGAGCACGAGUAGUGAAUUGAUUUAUAGAGGUUCGUUAGAAGGUGCCUCUGCUCAUAGGGAAGGCAAAAAGAAGAUUGAUUUCGAGACGUCUGGAAAAGAAAAUCCUACGGGAACAUCGUCUACCAAUCCAAGCACUGCUAAUGAUUACAGAUUUGCUGAGGUGCAAUAUUCUAGAAAAUACUCUCCAGAAGUUGAUGUUCUUCCAAUCGGCUUUGCCGAUGAUUUUGAAAAGUCAAAUAAGAGGAAAAGCAAAACAGUCUCAAUUGAUGAUAAAUUGAAUGAUGAGUUGGCGAAUACUAGUAUUUCUGAUAGACAAGGUUUGCUUGACCGUGCCAAUACUCAAAAAAGGAGACAGAAGAGAAUGAUUUUGAGUGGCUUAUUCAGUGGUGGCAAGAUUGGACUUAAAGGCGGCAGUAAAAGGUCUUCUCUUAUUUCCACGAAAAGUAAGAGGUCUUCAGUCAGUAGCGUGAAGUUACCUCGAGAUAAAUUCGGUGUUAAUGCCUCUGGAACAGAAUUAGUGCCUUUUGCGAGUGCUGGAUUAGGCAUAACCUCUCAGUCUUCAGGCUCAUCCUUCAAGAAGUGCGUAGUUGUUGAAAAUUCCGAAAGUACAGCCAACAAAGAUACAUUGUCGGAAUCGGAGCCUACGGCGAAUAGGGAAGUGUCUCCUGGUGUGACGAAUAAUUUAAUCAGUACACUGGCUAAGAAAUCUAGUUCUCAAAUUAAUACUAAUGCAACUCUAAGUGUGGAGUCUCAGAAAACUGAUGGUGACAGUGCUGCUCACAAGGAUUUCCAAUUGCGUAUUACCAAUAUUUCUGCAGAUGAGUACAAGAGGUAUUCUGAUAUUUAUGAACAGAACAAGGAUAGUGCUAUUAAUCCAGAUUAUAUUAUAAGUGAUAAGGAUGAGAUUGACUUGCAACGCGAAUUAGAUUCCUUCAACCCGAUGGCUAUUCAAGCCAUGAUCCAAGCAAAAUUAGCCGGUGAUAAUGGCUUAGGCCUUCCUGCGCCAGUGAAAUCAAAACAUGAUCAAAGAAGAUUUUCAAAUUCAUCUUUGACCACCAUUUCUUCAAAAGAAAAGUUUUAUGCCAGAAGAAAUGUUAUUGAUAGUGCCAGAAUGAGUGCUAGUGAAGUUUCUGCUAAAUCUGUUGAAUCAUUAACGAAAGUUGGUAACAUGGAUAAUAAAAAUAUUGAGGAAAAAAUUAAGUUUCCUACUACUGAAUCUAAGAAGCCUAAUGUUGGUGAACUAUCACCACCACCACAGAGGAUUUCUAAAGUUCAUUCCAUAUCCAAUGAUUCUUCUUUACCACUGCCCCUGCCUGCUUUGUAUUCUCUGGAAGCUUUGAUUAACUAUCAACCGAUUUCUGCUACUAAUAUCGUUUCAGAUAAAUUCCUUUCCCCAAGCCCUGCUGUUAACCUGCUGCCGAGAAAUAGUGAAGCCGCUACACAAUCUCCUCAAAAAGACAUGCCUGUCAGAUUAAUUGAUACCGCCAAACCAAUAGAAAGAGUUGUUGUGCCUAUCAUUGCUAAUGAAAACCAUGAUAAAAGUACAAACGUGGAGAGAAAUCCGUCUUCAGCCAGCCAUCAAUCUGUUCCUGUUUCUUUAUGCAGCAGCAAAUACACAGGAUCUACGGUGGCUGAAUCAACAAGUAGUGGACGUGGAGGAUCCGAAAGAAGCAAUUCAUCAUCUGGGAACUCUUCAAGUGUUCAAGAUAAUAACAGGCAAUCAUACGAAGCUUGGGGACAAUAUAUGAAGAAGAUUGUGAAUCAAAGGAUUAAUUACAGAUUACAAAAUUCCUUACUAGACAACCCUAUUGCGGAACAAAGGAAUGAUUCUGUUAGUGGCUCAAAAUGGAAUACCAAUUUCCCUUCCGAUGAAAUUAUGGAUGCUUCCUCCGCUUCCCUCAUGAACCCUAGUGUUUUCAAAACUAGAACCAUGUCCGUUGACAGCACAAGCAGUUUCAUAACAGCGAAUAGCGAACUUGAUAGUUUAAUUGAGGAAACUAUUAGAAGGUCCAGUGAUCAUGUCAAUAUGACUUCAAGUGUCGCCAGGAUUAAUCUACAAAAAUUGCCAAUCAAUUAUACUUCCGGAAGUGAGUCUCCAAGUAAUAUCACUGAGUCAACUUCAACAAUAUCACCGGAUUUUAGAAGAACCAUCACAAAUAAUCAAAGAAAUGCUCAUGCUUCCUCUAUUUCUGAAGUUGGUAGCAAUAAAUCGGGAAAUCGCAGUCCAGCUCACGGAAGCUUAAGACAUCAUUAUCAGUCAAAUUUGGAUGCUCAGAAUAAUCUCAACGCUAUUAGUGAAAGUAUAAACUAUAACCCCCAAUUUAUCAACGCAAACAGAACCCACGGGAGUAGCAGCGAAAGCGAUAGACCACAUAGCUCUAAAAGCAAAAGAUCGAAUGAUUCAGUCUCCUUGAGAUCAUAUAUUGGUGGUAAUGAAAUUAAGUUGAGCGUUUCUAGGAAUGUUCCUGCCUCUCCUUCCAGAGUUGCCUUGGUAAAUCAGAAUUACACACUUGGUGAUCUAUCUCAUAGCUCAAUUAACUUGACUUUAAGAAGGGCGUCCUCCCCUAAAGGUUCCAUGGGAUCUAGAAAUGGAUCAAUUAGAUCAAAAAGCUCGUCCGGCUCAUUUCUCUUAAGAGCUUAG